AUGUUAAAAUUUGGAAUUUUGGAGAUUGCUGGAGUUAGAUCACAUGGUCAAGGUCCUUACCAUGCCGGCUGGAUGAUAAAUCCAAAAUUAUUUGGUGAUGGACGCACAUGGAGUUAUGGGUUCUGGAAGGGUGCAAAUGGAGCAGGUUGUUAUAAUACAAGAUGUCCUGAAUUUUUGUUCAAGUGUCAAAAACUAAAUUCUUUGGGCCACAACCUACUGACCCUAAAGGAGAAAAGGGAUAAAAAUUCAGGAAAUUGGUGGCUAUCAGAUGUGAACUUAACAACAGAAGAUGAUCAAAUUGGUUAUUGGCCAAAAGAAUUGUUUGAUCUUAUAAGGAAUAGCGUGGACAUGAUUGGAGUUGGCGGGAUAGUUCAAGCUUCUCCUUCUGGUGUAAGCCCUCCAAUGGGUAACGGUCAUAAACCAACUGAAGAUGUCAAUGCGGCAGCACGCGUCAUGAAACUUGAAAUUGUAGAUUCUAAUUAUAAGAUCCAGGAAAGUGACAAAUACAAGUUAGAAAAACUAUUAGACAGUGCUAAAUGUUAUGGCUUAAAAGAUGGAAAGGGCAUUGUAUUGUUCUCAUAUGGUGGACCUGGAGGACAUUCUUGUGGGAUCUAA